ACCGGCCAACCAAGCAUCACAUUGAGUUGCUGCCUGGAGCGGUCCCUCCCAAGGGCCACAUCUACAGGAUGUCACCUGCUGAGCUUGAGGAGCUCAGGCGACAGCUUGAGACCCUAACCAGCAAAGGCUGGAUCAGGCCCAGCACUUCUGAAUUCGGUGCUUCAGUCCUCUUUGUUCCAAAGGGGAGUGGGGUGUUCAGAAUGUGCAUAGACUACAGGGGUCUCAACAAGAUCACUAGGAAGAGCACAGAGCCACUUCCUAGGAUCGAUGACCUUCUGGAUAUGGUCCAGGGCUGUACCAUCUUCAGCAAAGUCGACCUCAAAUCUGGCUAUCACCAGAUUGAGAUGGCAGAGGAGGACGUCCACAAGACGGCCUUCAAAACCAGGUAUGGUACUUAUGAGUACCUGGUGAUGCCAUUUGGACUUUGCAAYGCACCUGGCACAUUCCAGACUGAGAUGCAUCGCAUAUUCAGGCCGUACCUGGAUAAGUUUAUGGUUGUCUACCUGGAUGACAUCCUGGUAUUCAACAAAACUACCAGGGAACAUGCGGAGCACCUGGCUCUGGUUCUUCAGUCGUUGCAUGACAGCCAGUAUAAGAUCAACAAGGAGAAGUCCUCUUUUGGAGUUCCCUCUGUUAUCUAUCUGGGUCAUGUAAUCUCUGGAGAUGGUCUGGCCCCUGAAGCAGCCAAGAUUGCUGCUAUUCAGGAUUGGCCACAGCCCCAGACAGUGAGAGAUGUCCGGUCUUUCUUGGGUCUGGCCUCGUACUACAGAAAGUUCAUCAGAAACUUUUCUGCAGUGGCUGCACCCCUGACUAACCUCACAAAGAAAGACACUCCCUUUCUUUGGUCUCUUCACUGUCAGAUGGCCUUUGCACGACUCAAACAGGCCUUGACUCGUGCACCUGUUCUGAAGUUACCUGACCCCACUUUGCCUUUUGUUCUGACUACUGACGCUAGCCAGUAUGGAAUUGGGGCAGUACUUCAGCAGGAUGAUGGGAAUGGUCUGAGACCUGUCGAGUUCAUGAGUAAGAAGAUCAAGACUCAGAAGCUUCAGGACUCUACCUACGAGAAAGAGUUGUACGCUCUUGUCAGUGCCCUGAAACAUUGGAAGCACUUUCUCCUAGGCAGGCACUUCAAGAUCUUUUCUGAUCAUUCCACCUUGCAGUGGUUGAAGUCCCAGGGAGAGUUGAAUGACAAGUUGGCACGCUACAUUCAGUUCAUUGAUCUGUUUGACUUUGAACUGAAGCACAAGAAGGGCUGCUACAAUAAAGUAGCUAACGCCCUCUCUCGUAGGCCUGACUUUUUUGCGUUGAUCUCCUCUACUCACUCCUUUGGAGAGGAGGUCCGUCAGACCAUUGCUCGUUUACUGCCUCAGGACCCGACUUAUGGACCCGUCAUCAGGAAUCUGCAAGCAAAUCCCAGUUCUGAACCAGGCUACGCCAUGAGUUCAGAUCUGCUGUAUACGUACAACAGAGGAGAGGAGCGCUUAUGUAUCCCUGAGGAUCAGCAGCUGAGGACACUGCUGAUGUCAGAGUGCCACGAUGCUCGUGGACACUUCGGGUUCUUAAAGUCGUAUGCAGCCCUGUCGCAACGCUUCUUCUGGAAGGAGAUGUGGAGUGAUAUGUUGCGCUAUGUGGAUACGUCUGCCGAAGCAUCGAAAAAAGAGCUUCAGGAGGAAACGAUGCAUGAAAAGAGUCGGUUCAACCAAGAAUUUGAGUUCAUCAACUCUAGUUUGCGGAAAAAGGAACAGGAAAUCGGCGCGAUUAAGCAGGAGCUUUCUCAGUUGCGUGCAGAGCACAAGCAAGCUGAAGCCGAGCGGAAGGCGUUAGAAAUCAGAGAACGUUCACAGCGUGCAGAGCUGUUGAGAGAUGAGAAUGUUACCGAGAUGCUCAGUGAUUGCUUGAGGCGAGCAGGGUUGGAGUCAUCAGAAGCAGCAUCUCCUCGACUUGAUUUACCAAUAACAAGAAGAGCUGAGGGAGACAUAGAGGUAGCGCAGAUAAUUGACAAGAUUGUUAAGAUUUCCCCUGACGAUCGGCAUCAAAUCAUUUGUUGCAACUAUCCCUCCUCAGGCCAUUAUCUGGUUAUUGACGUGACCGAUCUUACUUUCUGGGAUCCGAUCAUCGAACGGGUGGAGAUGGAAGGAGUAGCUGACGGCGCAGACGCAGAGGAAGAGAAAGAGGAGGAAAGCGAAGAAGAAGAUUCGGAGGUCGGAUCGGACGACCCCGAUUACCACGAAUCUGAGGAAGGUGAGCAGGGAGAAGGUGAGUCAGGCGAAUCAGAUAGUUCGGACGAGCGGAGUGAGGAGGAAGACAAAGUCGCCGCCCAGAGGAGGCGAGAAAAAGCGGAAGGAAAGCAGCCAGUGGAAGAGUCGGACGAACCAGCCAUGCGGCUACUACAAGGCGAUCCGGCGCGCAACCCCGAGCCACCGCGGGAGGAAUCCGGAGGAAAUGGCGUCACCACCACGGAGGGAUCCAGAAGCAGACACCGUAGAAGAAAAUGUGAUAUUGAAUUUUGGGGAAUUCCUUACAACGCGGUUAUAGACUCAGGAGCAAUUGUGUUGGCUAUUUCGCUAAGAGUAGCCGAGAGGGCAGGAAGGAAGAACGACCUGAUCAUGCUCACCGAGAAAGAUCAGCUCGUUUCGGCAGAUGAGGAAAAGAUUAAAAUUGUGGGGAGAAUGACCAAUGUCGCCUUCCGAUUAGGUAAAGUACACGCGCUUGGGGAUGUCGUAGUACUAGAUGUUAAUACGUACGACGUUAUUUUCGGACUUCCCGCUCUUGUGGCGUUACGAGCAAACCUGGAUUUCGAACGACGAUCGAUCGUCCUCCGAAAUACAGGAGGAAAACCCUACACGGUGCCCAUGCGAUUGACCCUUCGCACUACUAUUAACGCGGUCUCGCGGGUCUCGCCGAUGAUGGCGGGGACUCUCCGCAUGAUCUCCUGGAACGAACCUGCAGAAGGGGAGCCAUCAACUGAUGAUGCGGAAAGCAGUGACGAAGAUGAUCCAGAAAUCUUGAAAUUGGUACGACAACGCGUUUAUUACCCGCCGCCCAAAACGAUAGCGAGAACGAUGCAAUUGACCAGCCGAAAAAUUCAAAGGACCAAGUCGAUGAUCUUGGGAGAGCCCCUCGUGCAGAUUUCGAGGAUGGUCGACUCUUUGGAACCCCCUCAAACUCUGUACGAAGGGAUCACCCCUCUCCUCACUAGGUAUAGCGAUAAAAAGCAUUAUUGCGACAUUACGGAACUACCUAGUUCUUUACUAACAAUGGCUAAAGAAGUGAGAUUGCUACGCCUAGGGGCGGAAGCAAGCUUUCUGGAACCCCCUGGGCGUUUUGAAGCAGAAACAGACGGGUUGGGGAUAAAGAUUGCAGCCAAGGAAGUGCCAUGGCAGGAUGUUUGCGACGGGAUUACCCCGGAAGGACACGUGGCAAUCCAGGAAGAAGAUGCCCAGAUGAUGGCCACGGUGUUCUCCUGGCGAUCGGAUCAUUCAUUCAUCUCGGCGCCUCCACCCGACUUGACAAAACAGGCGAACACGAAACAGAUUGACGUUCGGAUCUGGAACCAACUUUUCGAACUGCAAGUUCCACAAUAUGUGCCGGAAGAAAUCCACCAGACGCGGGGUUCAGAAUUUCGCUUGAUAAGAGCGAAUUUUUCCUUCUUGGGCUAUGUCGUGACACGUGGAGGACUACGACCAGACUCGAGAAAAGUUGCGGCGGGGUUCAAAAUUUCGUUCUUGGGCUAUGUCGUGACACGUGGAGGACUACGACCAGACUCGAGAAAAGUUGCGGCGGUAAAGGAAGCUCCGGUUCCCACGUCACUGACGCAGGUUCGAGCCUUCUUGGGACUAGCGUCGUAUUACCGGCGCUUCAUCAAGGGCUUUGCCGCGAUUGCACGACCACUAACGAAUUUGUUACGGAAGGACCAACCUCUCAGUUGGGACGCGGAGUGUCAGCAGGCCUUUGCAACCCUCAAAGACGCUCUGGCCACGACCCCUAUUUUGAUUCGACCGAACCCCUCGAAGCAGUUCAUUCUCAUCACGGACUGGCAACCGGAAGCCAUUUCCGCUAUUUUAGCACAAAAGGGGAACGAUGGUCGCGAACACGUCAUCGAGUACGCGUCUCGAACCGUACCGGACGAACGAAGAAACGACUCCUCACCUCAAGGCGAGUGCUAUGCGAUAGUUUGGGGAAUCCAACACUUCCAUCCGUAUCUCUACGGACAGAAGUUUCGCCUUGUAACGGAUCACAAGCCUCUGCUGGAAUUGAAGAAGCUCACCAACUACACAGGCGUGAUUGGCCGUUGGGUGGUGCGAUUGCAAGAAUACGACUUCGAUAUCGUCCAUCGAAAGACAGAGCGACACGGCAACGCGGACGGGCUGACACGUUUGCAUCGACCUGCCAAGUCCGACGCCCAUCCUCGCCUUUCCUACUAUCUAAUGACCCUUGCUGUCCCCGACAUUCGUCCCCCAUAUUGGGACCUGUGGCGCGAAGACUUCGUAGAGCUUUCACUGUGCUUGGUCGAAGUACGGCUGACGUGGAUCGAGGACGAAGCGCACCCGCCUUGCAUAGAGUGGCUGGAGUUGCUGUUUAUCCAGGCUUGGCGCACCAACGUGGAGGGAGAGCUCCUCGCAUUCUUAUUCGAUGCAGUACGGCCCGACCAUCAGGAACUUAUCACGCAAGAGCUCACGAUCCCGACAGCGCAGCUGUCGGACGACCUCCCUCUUGACAUCAUCUCGCAAGACGAUGAGCAUCCAGUUCCCCAUGUUCUUUCUCGCACCUUGACACCUCAUCUUCAGUGGUCGGCUUGCGUAGAAGGAGCCGCGGAACGCAUCCCGCCGUCGCAGCGACAACAUUUGGAUCCCCGGGCGAUUCGUGACCCUGCCUUCUUCAGGCAGCCUACGGAACAGUUUGCUGCCAUUCGGGAGGAAGAGGAGGAGGAGGAGAGUACUGGGAGCGACGAAAACGAAGGUGGGCUGGAAGAAAGCGGGGGUAGCGAAGAAGUAUCCGGAGAAAACGAAACCCCCGAAGAAGGAAGCUAUAGCGAGCACAGCGAGGGGGAACAGAGCGAAAAAGAAGAAGAUGACGAGGAGGAAGACGAAGGGCACGAAGAAGAAUCUGCUGGAUCAGAGUGGGAAGCCGUGCCGGAAGAAACGCUGCGCACAGGUACAGAAGCAGAGGACCCCGAGGCAGCCCGUAAAAGAGAGGAGAUUGCGGUCGGGAAGACGGAGUUAGAACUUGCAGGCGCGGCGAGUCUGCAGAUCUGCGACGACCCGAACCGCGAUCCGGAGCCGCCCCGACCUGAAGAUGGCAACCUCGCGACCACGACUCCGGCCCCAUCGGCACGGCGACGAAGCCGAUCCCCCUCCUCCCCAACCCGUCCCCCAGUUCGCCGACGUACCGAUACGGGCGAUCGGCCUUCGUCCCCGAUCACUCUCUCGCCGUCCCCUUGACUACCUCACCCUUCGCCAGCUCACCACCCCCGUCAUGUUCCCCUCCAAUCC